CACGCGCCAAACUUGUAUUUCGGGCAUACAUAAUGGGUCUCGUCGAAAAGGCGGUUUACCGAGCAGUGCUGCGUAAAGCGCGGCUGUUCGACAAGAACAUAGCAGCCAAGGCCCUCAUACAGCGGCAUGGUAUCGUCCGACCACCGUUGACCGAGUCGGACGCUAUCGGGGGAGAUCGGCGUCUAUAUGCGGCUGCCUUGGAGGUGGUUGUGGGCAGCCACUGCCAUGUCAGGCCUGAGCGGCUAGCAUGGUCUCUGCAGAGGCUAAUUCGCACGAUCCGCAUGGCCGACCAGAACAACCUCGAGGUAGUUGCAGAUAGGGCCGCGGAGAAUGAAGCCAAGGAGGCCGAGGGCGUGCCGCUGGAAGAUAGAACAGUUUGGGAGCAAGACGCGAUGGUAGCCAUUUCACUCGAAAUAUUCUUCCCGGGGGCUUUGAAGGGCGUCGACGGAGCGGACAAGGUUGGCGCAGGCUUUGCAGCCAUCCGAGAGCUGUCUUCGAAGUGGGCAUUGGCGGAAUCCCUAGGGCUUACCGAGUACCUGGAGAACAACGGGCAAACGUCUUGCGUCAAACGGCGAAGAAGAAAGGGAAAGGUGGCCGGACCCAGGAACACGACCACAAAGAGAGCACUGCGGGUACUGCGGCACCAGGAGCGACGUGCCAGGGCGGCAGGGGAGCGGAAUACCCGAUCAACGUCGCCAUUGUCACCAGGGAGGGGUUUCGAGCUGGACACCCGGAACAGUUUAGCGCGGCCGGGGGAUGUGGUGGAGCCCACAGGAACGCCAGCCAAGGGCGUCUACCUGAUCUCACACCCACUGUCGUUUCUUUACGCGCCCGAGGAGAUGUUUCAUCGCUCGGUGGUACUGCUGGUCGACCACUCGCCGUUGGGAUCGUACGGGCUUGUCGUGAACAAGGACAAGGGCGAGACAUUGGAAGAAGCCUUGUGCGAGGACGCGCUCCCGUUGGCAUCUGAUGCACUGCAGCAAGUGCUGAAAAAUCCCGUCAGGGUUGGGGGCCCCGUCAUGUCGCGCCUGGCUUGGCUGCACCCUCACAAGGAGGUCGGGGGGGUUCCGUUGGCCGAGGGCGCCGAGAAACCGGUGUUCUUCUGCGGGAAGAUGGAGAAAGCGGCCGAGCUAUUGACCAAGGGCGCCGCUAAACCGGCUGAUUUCUCCCUGGUGGUAGGCGCAUCAGCAUGGGAUGCUGGUCAACUGCAAGGCGAAUUGAACCACGGCUUAUGGAUCAUGGCGAAGGCACCGGCAAGUUUCGCCUUGGCUGGGGGCGAAGACAUGUGGCGAGACAUGUUGGAAGCUAUGGGAGGACCGUACGCUGCGAUGGCCCGGGUGCCCCACGGCCGGCAGUGGGCAAGGACCGGGGUGAAGAUCUCACCGUCUGACUGGCCAUGAUCUACUGCUGUAGAGUGUACAAUCGUAGGGUUCCCUUGGUGUUUCUUGUGGAUGUAUGCCGUGCGAGGGAUGCGGCCUGUGUUCAGCUGCGCUUACGUUUGUUUCAUGAUUGAGCCUUGACCACACAACCCAGUGUUACCAGCCUCUUGCAUGAUGAUAAUAU